GUAUAAGCGGGAAGGGGUAAGCACCUCGCUUCCUUUCCCGCCUUCAUAUACGCACGGUAGUUUAGGGUUCACGUGAUCGGCAACCGCAAACCUUCUGGAUUCCAUCUCAAUAGAAGUAAUCAAAGUUCCUACCUCUGUAGCUGCAAGAUAAUCGCGGCCUUCUUUUAUUUCAAAUCAAAAUUAACAUCCAUUUUUGGAAUCAUAAACCCUAUAUUCUCUACCCUAUACUCAUGGCCGGUCAAUCUGAUCCUCACGUCUCGCUCUUCUCUGCUCAAGAGGUCGAGUUCAUGGCGGAGGAUGAAUUAAUAGAGAUUGUUCCAAAUAUGAGAAUGGAUCCACUUAAUUUCAUCUGUGGAGAUUUUGGUCCGUUUUUUCCGCAGAUACCCACUCAGGUGCCACUCUGGCUUGCGGUGGCACUGAAAAAGAGAGGCAAAUGUGCAAUUCGGCCUCCCCAGUGGAUGUCUAUUGAAAAUUUGACCAACAUUUUGGAAGGGGAACGAGAAUCCCAAGUAACAUUUCAGGCACUACCAUUUCAUUAUGUGGAGAUAUCGAGACUUCUUUUUGAUCAUGCUCGUGAUGACAUUCCUGACAUAUAUAUGGUAAGGUCUCUUGUCGAAGAUAUCAGGGAUGUACGGCUUCAUAAAAUCGAGACCAACUUAGAGACAUUCAGUGGUACAUCUGCAGUGAAGGUUGCUAAUCUAUCUGCAAUGGAAGUGAAUAUAGUUCGCCCAUUUGUUAGAAGAGCUUUACAAGCAUUUUAUAAACAUGAUAAGCCGGAGCCAACUUUGGAUAGAAAUGAAAGGCCUCAAAGACGACAAGAAGCUAGUAACGAGCCUAGGCGGCAUCUGAGGCAAAGGUAGUUGGUGCUCUCUUUCCAAUUGUCAUCUUAGUGACCUUCAGAAACAAACUUCAAGUACCUUAUAGUGAAGGUAUGUCAAAUGAACUUGUUAUCCUUGAAGAAGUGUAAUUUUUUCUUUCGUUUUGUCCGUGUAGUUAUGACAUAGAUAUUCUUUAUGGAGGACAUCCAUAUUGAGCUAUGUUACUGUAUUUUCUAUAUUUCUUUUUCUUUGGCUGAGAAAAAGCAUAAUACUUAAUAUAAAUCA